AUGGAAGACAUUGAACUCGGAAAACCAGACACUCUUUCAAGUUUACUGAUAUCGAAGCAGGAGUCUUCCAAAGACUUCGAAGAAGUUAAGGUGAAGACAAAGUUCGGCGAUAUCAGCGUGUACGUUGUUGGCGGCCACAAGAAACAGGCGAUCGUAACCUUUCACGAUCUGGGCCUCAGCGCGAACCCCUGUUUCCAGAGCUUUUUCCAUUUUAGUGAAAUGUCCACUAUAUCUGAAAAGUUCUGCGUUUAUCAUAUUAAUGCGCCCGGACAAGAGGAGGACGCCGAACCAUUUCCUGACAGCUACAUCUAUCCGACUAUGGAUGAGUUGGCGGACUUGGUGAAGGUCGUGACCGAUCACUUCAAGAUCGAACGUUUCAUUGGAUUUGGAGUCGGCGCUGGAGCAAACGUUCUUUGUCGGUAUAGCCUGAACUACCCUAAAUCGGUCGAAUCCCUCAUUCUUGUAAACUGCGUUUGUACCCAGGCUGGUUGGAUCGAAUGGGGAUACCAGAAGGCCAACAUCUACUACCUUCGUAACAGAGGAAUGACUAGUUUAACUGUUGAAUAUCUCAUGUGGCAUCAUUUUGGUCGAAAUCUGGACCUUUAUUCUCAAGAUCUGGUGAAUUCGUAUCGCCAGUUCUUCGCUCGUCUGCAAAAUCCCAGGAAUCUUGCCGCGUUCAUCAUGUCGUAUCUGAGGCGCACAGAUUUGGGUAUACGACGGGACGGUCGAACAAUCCAGUGUCCAGUGUUACAGAUCGUUGGCGCCGGAUCUCCGCACAUCAGCGACACUGUUGAUUUGAAUAGCAAGCUUGAUCCCACAAAGUCUAAUUGGAUGAAAGUGUCUGAUUCAAGUGGUCUUGUCCUUGAGGAGAAACCUGACAAGGCAACUGAAGCGAUAUUGCUAUUCCUGCAGGGAGAAGGACACUGUAAAUCAAAAAUUGCGUAG